GAAGGAGACCCUGCAGGAGCUGAGUGGGAAGAGCUAUCCUGAUUGGGUCCAGGAGCAGAUGCAGCUGCCGGCCAGCUCCCAUCGGGAGUACUACCGCAAGCGCGUCAGCCCACGGAAGAACAGUGACACCGCGCACAUCAACUUGGCGGAGAGGCCCAUCUGCACGAAGGGCUCCCGCUGGCACGGGUACGCGCUGACAAGAGAUGACAUAGGGUCGAGCAUUUUUAUCAGCGGCGGGAAGGUCUUGAUCGGCAACGUGGCGCGGACGGACAUCGAUGCGGGUUACGCCAACAACGGCCUCAGCGCGCCGAUGACGUGCACGGAUGUCCCUACGCCGCAGAUGGUCUCUGAGAACGAGGCCUGCAGCGCCCACGGGGCGUGCAAGUACGACAACGACUGGGUCGCGAGCAAGUAUUGCCAGCAGAGCUGCUUCGACGCAGGCAACGGCUACGACGGGGACGACUGCUCGGGCGGAUGGCCCUCCCGGAAUGGUUGGGGUGGCUUCGUCUGCCUCGUGCAGGAGGAGGUCGGCGGGAUGGUCGUGCUGGGCACGCAGUCGGAUUGCUCGCCGUGGGGUGUGAGGAUCUAUCUGUACAAUCCCGCCAUCUGGUUCGCGGACGCGUCGGUGGCCGUGCCGACCACCCUGCCGUUUGACCAGGCCAGCUGGAGGCCGGGGCUCAUCUUCUUGAGGGAGGACGCGCAGAACUGCAACCUCGACAGCAAGGGGUUCAUACUGAAGGACGGGCUCUUCUACCGGCACGAGACCAGGCUGGCCCUCGAGGACCACACCUGCCAGCUGCAGCCAGAGGACGGCGCGCUCGACUUCGGCAUCGACGGGCACCUGUGCGGCUCACCGGGCGAGGUCUCGAACGCUGGGACAGGGGGGCACCAGUUCCCGAUCCGCGCCUCUGGGUGGCUCGCGCCCCCAGUCGGCUCGCCGCCCGACUACGUGUAUGACAACAGGUAUGGCACCCACAUGUUUAAGUGGCCGCCGCUGACCACGGGCCUCGCCCGGGGUGCGGUCUGGCUGAAUUUGGCCUUGCACGCAACCGACCAGCUGCGCCAACGGGUGGCCUGGGCCCUCUCCCAGAUCUUCGUCAUCGGUUCCUCCCUGGGCGGCCACGACUACUUCACCGAGAUGUGGACCAACUACUACGACAUAUUCGUGCGCCACGCCUUCGGGAAUUACCGGGACGUGCUGAGGGAAGUGACGUUCGCGCCGCUGAUGGGCGAGUACCUCACGUACGCGGGCAGCUUCGCUUUCGACGACAGCCUCUCCUACGCCGACGAGAACUAUGCCCGCGAGGUCAUGCAGUUGUUCACCAUCGGCGUCGCGAAGGUUGUCAAAGACGGCAGAGUGGUCGUCAACGAUAAGGGGGAGGACGUGCCGACCUACACCAAUGAGAACAUCAUAAAUUUCGCCCGCGUCUUCACCGGGUUCGUCCGCUGGAACGACAUGCGCAUGAACAUCGAGCUGGCUACCGAGGGCUCGACUGCCAACUACAUCGACCCCAUGAAGAUCCGAGGCAGGCCCCACGAUAUCUAUCCUAAGCCAGACCUGUACAGCGGCUACCUCGGCGACGGGUACCCCGUGUGCAGCAGCAUGCCUGAACGCCCCUUCUGCUCGCUGGAGCCCGGUUCGAAUUCCGCGGCCAGUCAGCGCCGAAUUGCACGGAACUCGACGUCUAUUACGACCCGCGGGAUAUGGCCGGCCAGUUCCCAAGCACGACGCAGGAUUCGGAUGCCUGCCAGCAGCGCUGCAAGUCCGUGAGCGGCUGUGCGCACUUCACGUUCAGGGUCUUCGAUAAGAGGUGCACCCUCGCAGACAGCGGCGCGCGUGCGCUUCCCAGCUACGAGCAGUAUUCUGGUCCGCCAGAUUGCGCCCCCCUCGUGUUCGAGCCGAGUGCCAGUUCGAGCCUGCUGAGCGCGCUGUGCGGCGGUGACGAAAGCGACUGCAAGUUCGCCCCCUCGCGAACUUUGCCGUCGGCCUUGCCAUGCCACGGCUCUGAGUGUUCGCUGGAGUCGCUCACCUACGUUAAAGUACCCGGCGGCUACUACGAGUUUGUGCCGCCACCAUGCGUGCACAUGUUCUUCUACAACGGAAGGCUCACGGAGGACGGCCAGUGGUGGGGUUCGUCGGUAUAUUACUUCGGGCGUGAGUGCGUGCAGCCAUAUGGUAAGCUUGCCGCCGCGUCCUGCUGCAGGGGCUGUACGAACGAUGAGAACUAUUGGAUGCAGCUGAAGGGUUUCACCUGCUUGAACCACAACACGACAUGGCUCACCUGGCCAGACGGCCUCCCAGCGAUGACCAUAGAAAAAUGCAGGCACGGGGAUGAGUACAACUGGCUGGGUCCCAAGGCUUGCCGGCUUUCAUGCUGGGAGGGGGGCGCGGGCUAUGAGGGCGACGAUUGCAGCGAGGGCGCCUACGCUGAGAGCCGCGUCUGCGGCAUCCACGUCAGCGCCCACGACGC